AUGACAAUCGAACAGCAUCUCACUAUAGCGAGCCCGAUGACAGCUUGACGUUUUCAUACUGAGACGCUGCCUUUGGCUGCCUCCCCCGUACUGAGCGAGCAUUGUCUUUCUCAUCGCCAUGGUGAGCUGCAGAGGUUUGUAUGGUGAGCAUUCUGGCUAGCGUCAAAUUUUCUCAUGAGACGAUCUGGCGCGCUUCAUCGAUCGGAUGAGAUGCCUUACCACAUGAUAGUGAGGUCGGAUUUUGGAUCGGCUGCCGAUCUUGCUCAUGUGAGUAGAACUGCGUGCUGCAUGGUGAGGUGUGGGGUUGUGUGGUGUAUGUGGAUACCCGAGGGAGGUGAGACAUUCAGCCGCGGUAUUUUAAAGCGCCAAAACACUUGUUGUUCACGAACUGCAUGUGUCGCUCUGCGAAUCAAUUUACGUUUAUCUCGAAAUUUUCUAUAACGUUUUACAGUUUUAGGAGUGAUAAAGUUAUAAAAAAUUGCUGAACGAAUUUACGUUGCGCCAAAGCAAAACAAAAUUGAUUUUGCUCAUCGAAAAUUCGUUCAACAAAGCCAAACUGUUUUGAACAUUAAAAGAUCCGUAGAAGUGUUGUUUUUUUUUAUUUGCCAUUUCAGACGGAAGAUUUAGUCGUCGAAAAUGUUCCCGAAAAAGUUAAAGCGAAGUGGAGAGCUUUAUAAAAAAGCCGCGAAACUGGAAGAGCAGUUUGAAAAGGAGUGGGUAUUGCAAAAUGAUCCUGCCGGACCCAGCAGCCAGCCAGCAGCUCAGCAAUCUGCCGAGGAUGUUGCUAUGAAUGAACCCUGUGAAGGUCCUGUGGCAUCAAUGGAAGAGGAGUAUUUGGACGAAAACAAUACAGAUGACGAACGUGCUAGCGAUGAAGGAUCCAUCCACAACGAAGAUACUGAUGGCGAAGAGUAUUUAGAGGAAGAGUAUUUGGAGGGAGAGUUUUUGGAGGCAGAGUUUUUGGAGGAGGCGAGCCUGGAAACUGACCCAGAAAGCGCGAAGCUACGAGACUCUUUGCGAACAUGGUUUAUUCGCAAUAAAGUUGCUCGUAGCGGGAGUAAUAAUUUACUAGGAAUACUGCGAAAAGCGUCUUCUCUUUCUGCUUUUUCAUCUCUUCCACAGGAUGUUAGGACAUUGCUGAAAGCUCCGGUUAACGUCAGCGAGCAGAUUACUAAGGUUCCAGGUGGAGGUGAAAUGUGGUACCAAGGCGUUGAAUGUUGUUUUCAACAUUAUUUUCGCGAUGUGGACGUACUAGAGGAUGUGUUUGAGCUGAAUCUUUCAGUGGACGGAAUACCAAUAUAUAACCGCAGCGCAAUACAGAUGUGGACUAUACUAAUGCAGUUGCACAAUAUGCCGAAUGUUCCUGUUAUGGUGGUUGGAAUAUUUUGCGGCACUUCUAAACCAAACGAUGUUGAGCCUUUCCUGAGACCUUUGGUGGAGGAACUAAAUAGGCUACAUGAUCACAAAAUGAACCUAAACGGCAAAAAAAUAACUGUUUCGGUUAGAGUCAUAAUCGCUGACUCGCCUGCACGCGCAUUUAUUAAACGUGAGUAAUUGGAAUCGCUCUUUUAUUUUAAUUUUAAUAAUGUGUAUGAAUUUCGUUGUACAAUUUUAUUGCAGAAAUUUGCUACUACAACGGAGUACAUGGGUGUUUAAAAUGUAAAUGCUGUGGUACUUCCCUAAAAACACCAAAAAAAGUUAUUUUCGAGGAUACAACAGCUCCACCAAGAACAGAUAAGGAAUUUAGAGAAGAAAAACCCAGUUCUACAGGCCAUCGAAGAGGGAAAACCCCUCUUACAGAUCUAAAAAAGUUCGACAUGAUAAAAGGUAUAGCUACUAGCGAUUUAUUACAUUUAAUACAAUUGGGUAUUGUUUUCAAGCUUCUGUUAGGCUGGGUCGAAGGAGCUCUUGCCCCCUUUAAAAAAUGGUGCAAGGAAGACAUAGAUGAAAUAUCAGAAGAGCUUAUAAGUAUACUGCUGCCCACAGAAAUUCAUAGGAAGUUUAGGUCUCUUAAUUAUCUUCACUUUUGGAAUGGUACUGAAUUCGGUAGUUUUUUACAUUACGCAGGUAUAGUUAUAAAGAUAGAAUAGGUAGACUAGUAUACGAACAUUUUAAAUUAUUAUAUUGCGCUAUAACUAUAUUAUCAUCAUGGGCAUUUAAGGACCAGUGGGAGUAUGCCGGUACAUUGUUGAGGAAAUUUGUUGAGGAUUAUAGUGUUGUGUACGAUCGCAUACAUCUAGUGAGUAAUGUUCAUCUCUUGCUUCAUGUAUACGAAGAGGUUAACAAUUUAGGCCCUCUGAUUACUUUGUCAACACAUUCCUGUGAAAAUAUGUUACAAAUAAUCAAACAUAGUUACGUAAAAUCUGGCUACCGAAGUUUGCAUCAAGCGAUAGGAAAAAUUAUAUUGUUGCGAGACAUAGACACUGCAGCACAAAGAAACCAGGAAAGUAUGACGUAUCCUACACUUAAAGUAAAAAAGGAUGAGACAAUUUUGCAAGUUAGGCAAGGAUUUUUGUUAAGGAAAAAUUUUAAGGAUUCUUGGUUUUUAACAAAAAGAAAUAUCAUAGUUAAGUACGAAAAAGCCAUCGAGGAAUCAGGAUCAGUCGUUGUACAUGGGUAUCCUUUGGUAAGACGUUUUCAAGCCUUUACUACUCCUAUUGCCUCCGAUAAAAUCUAUAACUAUAUUGGAUACGAAAACGACAUUUCAACAACGCUUCGAUCUAUUCCAAUAACUGAUAUUAAAUGUAAAAUGGUAGCAAUUAAGACAAUACGAACUGGGGCUAAAGUACAUUUUACGCCAUUAAUACAUACCUUAACAUAAAAAGCCUUGGUUAGGUUAGUACGGUUAAGUAGGUUAAAUAGGUUAGGUAGGUUAGGUAGGUUAGGUAGGUUAAGUAGGUUAAGUAGGUUAAGAAGGUUAAGUAGAUUAAGCUAUAGAUCAUAAGCAACCGAGUAGACCCGGUAUAAGGUCGGACUUAAUCCAGAGGCAGAAUUAAAUUCUCUGUCUCAAAUUUGUCGUAAGAUUAGUUUAAUGAUAGUAGAAUAUAAGGUGUAUAUUUAAAAAUAUAAUAUAAGUACAUGUAAGCUUAUGUGUUGAAAUCAAUUUUCUUUGCCAGAGUUCUCCUUUAUAUUCAAUGUUUUUUUAAUGAUAUGGUAACAAAAUAUCUUAGUACAAAGAUCAACAAAUUUAAAUAAUUCCAUUGUAAUGCCUAUAUCUGCU